AUGUCCCCGACAUGGCCCCCUUUCCGGAAAAACCGCAGAAAGAAAUUCCCGCUCAAACCUCAGACCACGCCUCCUCCCCUUGACGAGUGGCCAGCUUUCAAUGUCAAAUGGCCACCAGAGGGAACCUUCGACCUUCCUACCAUCCACCGAGUCAGGGGUAUCAUCUCUCGGCCUAAGACGGGCCAUCCUGGUCAGCUCCCUUACAUUAUCGUUUGGCACAACCUUGUAACAGACCCACCCUCUUGGCUUAAGCCCUUCCUAGACCCAUGCCCUCCAGAGCCAAAACCCAUUCUUGCUUUGCUGGGGACAGAGAAGAAGGAGAACAAGAAAAGUCUUACCCAGCCUUCAGCACCCCUCUACCCUGUCAUACAAGGGGGGACUGAAGAAGAAUUAAUUUUUCCUCCCCCGUAUAACCCCCCUAGGAUGCUGGAAGAACACCAUCCUCCCCCUCCGGGGGAGGCAGACGCUGUUCCAAGAGCAGGAGGCAGAAACACUCCAGUGGGAAGCCCACCCUUUACCAGACAAAGGGCUCAGAGGGAGCAAUCCACCUCUGCCACCGACUCCACUAUUCUGCCCCUGCGAGCCACCAGACCCCCAGACAUGGAGGGGAAUCAGCCCCAUCACUAUUGGCCUUUUGCCACUAGUGACCUCUACAAUUGGAAAGCUCAGAAUCUUAAGUUUUCCAAAAAACCAGCAGGGCUUAUUGAUUUAUUAGACUCUGUUCUUUUUACCCAUCAGCCCACAUGGGACGAUUGCCAGCAGCUUUUGCAGGUCCCGUUCAUGACUGAGGAAAAAGAAAGAAUCCUCAAUGAGGCCCGAAAACUAGUUCCAGGCACAGACGGGAAUCCCACCAUCAACCAGGCUCAGAUAGAUGCCUCCUUCCCCUUAACUUGGCCCCAGUGGGAUUUCAACAUGGCAGAAGGUAAGGAGAGGCUCCGGGUCUACUGCCAGACUCUAAUCUCUGGCUGCCUUUUUAGAACGGAUCAUGGAGGCAUUCCGUACCUAUACCCCCAUGGAUCCAGAGGCUCUGGAAAGCAAGGCAGCUGUUAUCAUGGCCUUUGUAAACCAAUCGGCCAUAGACAUUACGAAAAAAUUACAGAAAAUAGAUAG